UGUUUCCGUCAACGACAGAACGAAGGAGUGACAUGUUCAAAUUAAUUUUUUCCCCCAAAUUUUACUUCAAACGUACGUGAUGUCGUGAAGAUUGAUUUUGGUGGAUAUCCAACGGCCACCAAAUUGAUACAAAGUAACUUGCGUUUCAUCGAGAGAGAAGAAUCGCAUUGAUUGAAACAUGUGGCCGUUUAACAGAAAAGGUGCUUCUGGGUUUUCAUCGUCUUCCACUGCCGAGGAUGUUACAUAUGGAAUCGAUGGUAGUGGUCUCACUGCUCUUGUUACAGGGGCUUCCAGUGGUAUUGGUGUUGAGACUACCCGUGUUCUUGCUAUGCGUGGUGUCCAUGUAAUUAUGGGGGUGAGAAAUAUGAUUGCUGCAAAAGAUGUUAAAGAAAGAAUACUUAAGGAGUUUCCCGCAGCUAAAGUUGAUGCCAUGGAAUUAGACCUUAGUUCAAUGACAUCUGUUCGGAAAUUUGCAUCAGAAUUCAAUUCAUCUGGUCUUCCAUUGAACAUUCUGAUAAACAAUGCAGGAAUUUUUGCACCCCCUUUCACACUAUCCAAAGACAUCAUUGAAUUACAAUUUGCCACAAAUUACAUGGGUCAUUUUCUUUUAACAAAUCUAUUGUUGGAUACUAUGAAGAAAACAACAUGUGAAUUUAAGAAACAAGGAAAAAUUGUUAAUGUCUCCUCAGCAUCUCAUCAAUUAACAUAUGAUGAAGGAAUCCUCUUUGACAAAAUCAAUGAUCAGUCAAGUUACCAAAGUUGGCUGGCAUAUGGACAAUCAAAGCUUGCUAACAUUUUACAUGCCAAUGAACUUGCAAGACGUCUCAAGGAAGAUGGGAUAGAUAUUACUGCUAAUUCGCUUCAUCCAGGAGCUGUUGCCACCAAUGUUUUUCGUCACAACAUUAUGUUGUCUGGUAACUACUCUGCAGGUGCAAUUAAUAUGCUAGGGAGAUUUGUGCUUAAAAAUGUUCAGCAGGGAGCAGCAACAACAUGUUAUGUAGCAUUGCACCCGCAAGUGACAGGAAUGAAUGGUGAGUAUUUUGUCGAUUGUAAUCUUGACAGAGCUAGCUCACUGGGAAGGGACACUGAUUUGGCCAAGAAGCUCUGGGAUUUCAGCUUAAAUUUGAUUAAGUAGGAUACCCUGGGCAAAUU